AUGCCAGAAAACAAGGUGUUGCUUGUAAUGGAAAGAUAUGGAGGUUCAACGGAUCCUGUUAAACACCUCAGAUCCUUCAUUGACGCCAUGGCAGUGUAUUCUUCGGAUGAAAUGGUAUGGUGUAGAGUCUUUUCUUUAUCAUUGAAAGGAGAGGCUCUAGAUUGGUUUCAUUCGCUGGCACCCCGAACGAUAGAUUCUUUUGCCAUCCUCAGAAGGCUAUUUAGUCAACAGUAUAUAUCAAGUAAAACACCUGGGAUGACGUACACGACCUUGAUGAGAAUUAGGCAAGGAAGAGAGGAGACGCUCAAAGGAUUCAUGGAAAGAUUUAAUCGAAUGGCCCGGCAGGUACGAAACGUUGAUCAGAGGUUGAUAGUCAGCGCCUUAACUACCGCUUUAAGGCCCGGACCGUUUGUGGAUUACCUAUACGCAGAAGAACCGCAAAGCAUGGCCGACUUACGGCACAAAUUAGCAAGUUUUAUUCGAAUCGAAGAAGGAAGAACUCAUUAUAAAGGCCAGGAAAAUGAACCGAGAGAACAAAUGAGGAAAGAAGGAACGAGCAGGGGGAUGCAAAGGAGAGACGAGCGAUCAGUCGGGCUUAGAAGGGUAGAUCCACCAAGGAUAUUACAGAAUGUUCAUCACACACCUCUCAAUGCUCCCCGUGCCAGAGUGAUGGAAGAAGCUUUGAGAGCUGACUUGUUGAAGGUGGUCCGAGCUCCCACACCUUUAGGAGCUAAUCAGAAUAAAUAUUGUAAAUAUCAUCAAAACAGAGGACACACUACCGAGGAUUGUAAUUCUUUGAAAGACAAGUUGGAAAAUUUGAUUCAGGUCGGACAUUUACAAAAAUUUGUGCAACGCCGUCAGACGCCGAUACCAAUCACCAUAACUCACCAAAAGACCAAAAGUAGACAUGAUCGGAGUAGAAGUAGAAGUCGGAGUAGGGAAAGAGUGACAAGGGGCAUCAUAAACACUAUAUCUGGUGGGUUUGCAGGAAGGGGCCCAUCAGUAUCUGCCCGAAAGAGACAUUUACGAAGUUUACAUCAUGUAAACCAAGUAGGAGCCGAACGGAGAUCUAUGCCUGUGAUCUCCUUUUCAGAUGAAGACUUUCAUGCCCCACACCCCGAUCAGGAUGAUCCGAUGGUGAUAGUUGCUAUGAUCGCUCGAUACCAAGUGGGAAAAGUGUUAAUCGAUCAAGGAAGCUCGGCCAAAUAUCUUAUAUUGGAAGACAUUCGAACAAAUGGAUAUACCGGAAGGGGCUAUUCAACCUUUUCAUGA